GGUUCGCGUCUGUGUGUCGAAUUAGGGUUUCAAGAGCUACUUGAGAAACAAAGAGCAGCAGCCCUCAUCGUUCAACCAUGAGAGCCAAGUGGAAGAAGAAGCGUAUAAGAAGAUUGAAGAGAAAGCGUCGAAAGAUGAGACAGAGGUCUAAGUAGGAUUGGGGAUGGUGUUCUAUGAGGUCUUGCAAUGGCCCUUUUGCGGCAUUGUAGGAUCUAGGUUUCUUUCAAUUCGAUGUUAGUUUUUGUUUAUUCUUGCAAAUUAGUGACAACAAGUUGUGGAGAAGCCAAGUGAAUUCUGGAAAUGGUGCAGACAGCUUGUUUCCAUCCAAACGAAUCAGCUUGGAAAAGGAAGCAUCCAUGGGGGCUGAAAGAAAACAGUUUGGCAUGCUCAAUACUUGCAAGUUAGACAGAGAAUUUGACAAUGCCCGGCUCCACUUACCCCUCCUCGAGAUUCCAAACCAGGCAAAUGCAUUUCCAACAAGAAAGAAAUUCACAGAUAAAUUAAGAGUAAUCAAGCUUGUCAUUCUUGAAAUCUGAAGUGGAAUUUGCCCUUUGAACCAACAUUGGAAAGAUUAAGAUGCCUCAAGUUUCCUAGUUUAUCAAAACCGAAGGAAAUGUUCAACUGAAGCUGUUGUAUGCCAAAUGGGCAGUAACCACACCCCAAAUUUAGACUCU